AUGAGCGCCCUUCUAGAGCAGAAGGAGCAGCAGGAGAGGCUGCGAGAGGCCGCGGCCUUGGGGGACAUUCGGGAGGUGCAGAAACUGGUGGAGAGCGGGGUGGAUGUGAACUCCCAAAAUGAGGUCAACGGCUGGACCUGCUUGCACUGGGCAUGUAAACGCAAUCAUGGCCAGGUCGUCUCUUACCUGUUGAAGUCUGGAGCUGACAAAGAGAUUCUGACCACGAAAGGAGAAGUGCCAGCCCAGCUGACAUCAAGGAGGGAAAUCAGGAAGAUCAUGGGAGUGGAAGAUGAUGAUGAUGAUGAUGACAGCCUUCCCCAGCUGAAGAAGGAGUCAGAACUGCCCUUUGUUCCCAACUAUUUGGCCAACCCACCCUUCCCUUUUAUAUAUACUACUGCAGCAGAAGAUUCAGCCCAACUGCAGAAUGGGGGCUCCUCCACCCCGCCUGCUUCGCCCCCUGCAGAGGGCACGCCCCCAUUGCUCCCUGCUGGGGAACCUCCCCUCUUAGGGGCAUUUUCUCGGGACCACACUUCUUUGGCACUAGUUCAGAAUGGGGAUGUGUCAGCCCCCUCUGCCAUACUCAGAACACCAGAAAGCACAAAACCAGGUCCUGUCUGUCAGCCACCCAUGAGUCAGAGCCGUUCCCUAUUUCCUUCUGUCCCAACCAAGCCACCAGUGUCUCUGGAGCCUCAAAAUGGGACAUAUUCAGGACCGGCACCAGCAUUCCAGCCAUUUUUCUUCACUGGAGCAUUUCCUUUUAAUAUGCAAGAACUGGUACUCAAGGUAAGGAUUCAGAACCCAUCUCUUCGAGAAAAUGAUUUCAUUGAAAUUGAACUGGACCGGCAAGAGCUCACCUACCAGGAAUUGCUCAGAGUGAGUUGCUGUGAGCUGGGCGUUAAUCCAGAUCAAGUGGAGAAGAUCAGAAAGUUACCCAAUACCCUGGUAAGAAAGGACAAAGAUGUUGCCCGACUCCAAGAUUUCCAAGAGCUAGAACUGGUUCUAAUGAUAAGUGAAAAUAAUUUUCUGUUUCGAAAUGCUGCAUCCACACUGACUGAAAGGCCUUGCUACAACAGGAGAGCUUCAAAACUGACUUACUGA